AAUUAUAUAAUUUUAUUAUGAAACUGUUAUUUUCUUCCAGCUGCACCGUAACGAGUCGCUGUUGGUCUCCUAAUAAAAACUGGUCACGGAGGGACUUUUAUUUUGAAGAUCCGGAAGUCUCUGUGUUUUGGUAUCGGCUGCGGAAGGAGCUGUCAGUUGCGUUUCACUGAGAGGGGCGAUUUCUUCAGCUAAAGCGGCGCUAAUUUAAGCGACACAUGUAACUUCCCCAACACAAGGCCAAAAUGGGAUUCACAAUGAGGCGCUUCCUUGGUGACAAACCGCCAAAAGCGUCCCUUCUGCUGCCUUUCCUCCUGCCGGUCCUACUCGUCGGCGGCCAAGGCGACGGGAACGCUGCUCUGGACAAUGACGUUACCGAGAGGAUGGCUGAGGAGAGCCACCGACAGGACAGUGCCUACCUGCUGAUAUUCAUAAUGCUGCUAACGCUCACCAUCCUCACCAUAUGGUUGUUCAAGCACCGCCGCUUCAGGUUCCUCCAUGAAACGGGGCUCGCUAUGAUCUACGGUCUCUUGGUGGGUGUAAUCCUGCGCUUUGGGAUCCACGUGCCCCAAAGCACGAGCGACGUGGUCCUCGAGUGUGCCGUCAACGCCAGCCCCGCCACUUUACUGGUCAAUGUCAGCGGAAGGUUCUACGAGUACACGCUUAAGGGGGAAGUGAGCCGGGCCAAAGACCACCAAGUGCAGGAUGAUGAGAUGCUACGAAAGGUGACCUUUGACCCAGAGGUGUUUUUCAACAUUUUGCUGCCUCCCAUAAUCUUCCAUGCAGGUUACAGUUUAAAAAGGAGACAUUUUUUCCGAAACAUUGGCUCCAUCCUGGCUUAUGCUUUCAUGGGAACAGUCAUAUCCUGCUUUGUUAUUGGGCUUAUCAUGUAUGGCCUUGUGUCCUUCAUGAAAGUUGUGGGUCAGCUUGGAGGGGAUUUUUUCUUUACCGACUGCCUCUUUUUUGGGGCAAUCGUCUCAGCAACAGACCCAGUGACAGUGCUGGCCAUCUUCAACGAGCUGAAGGUAGACGUGGACCUGUAUGCUUUAUUGUUUGGAGAGAGUGUUCUCAACGAUGCUGUGGCCAUUGUCCUCUCGUCCUCCAUCGUGGCGUAUCAGCCUGCAGGGGACAACAGCCACAGCUUUGAAGCCAUGGCUGUGGUGAAAUCCUUCGGCGUCUUCCUGGGUGUCUUCAGUGGAUCGUUUUCUCUUGGUGUGGCUACCGGGAUCAUGACUGCUCUCGUGACAAAGUUUACCAAGCUGAGGGACUUCCAUUUAUUGGAAACUGGUCUAUUUUUCCUGAUGUCCUGGAGCACCUUUCUGUUGGCAGAGGCCUGCGGGAUGACCGGUGUUGUGGCGGUGCUGUUCUGUGGGAUCACUCAGGCUCAUUAUACCUACAACAAUCUCUCUUGCGAAUCUCAAGACAGGACUAAACAGUUGUUUGAGCUGCUGAACUUCCUGGCAGAAAACUUCAUCUUCUCCUACAUGGGUCUGACGCUCUUCUCCUUUCAGUCACACGUCUUUAACCCGAUGUUCAUCAUUGGAGCCUUCCUGGCUGUGUUUCUGGGCAGGGCUGCGAACAUCUACCCCUUGUCCUUCCUUCUCAACUUUGGCCGAAGAAACAAGAUUGGAAUGAACUUUCAACAUGUUAUGAUGUUUGCAGGUCUGCGUGGGGCGAUGACCUUCGCUCUGUCUAUCCGGGACACAGCUACUUACGCCCGUCAGAUGAUGUUUUCUACCACCCUGCUGAUUGUUUUCUUCACAGUGUGGGUCUGUGGAGGGGGCACUACACCCAUGCUGUCUUUCAUGAGCAUACCAGUGGGAGUGGAUUCGGAUCAAGAGCACUCUAGUUCAACUGUGUUGGACGGGUCACAGAGGAGAAGCACCAAACAUGAAAGUGCCUGGCCCUUCAGGAUCUGGUAUAACUUCGACCACAACUACCUGAAGCCCCUCCUGACCCACAGCGGGCCCCCUCUCACUGCUACUCUGCCGGCUUGUUGUGGCCCCUUGGCACGCUGCCUCACAAGUCCACAGGCCUAUGAGAAUGAAGGGCAGCUUCACGACGACGACUCUGACUUCAUCCUGAACGACGCCAAUGUGAGCUCCAUGUACGCGGACGUCACCGUCAGCACGGACGCGUCCGGGUCCCGCACCAUCAACCCCAAGCAGUCCGGCGCUGGCCCGUUCAAUGAAAGCCGGGAUCGCGAGCUCGACCUGGCAGAGCACGACGUGGCGAUCCGCGGCACGCGGCUCGUCCUGCCGAUGGAGGACCCAGUGGAGCCCCCAACAACCGUUACCCUCCCACCUCCACCCUCUCCCCCGCGCUCUGAACCUCACAGGCACAGACUGUAAGAUGGUGAUUCUGUUGAGAAAAAAAAAAGUCAGUCUUUGAUCAAACUGCUUUAAUAGUACACUAAAAAUUCAGUGUUGUCUGGACCAAUAUGGUGUCUAAGAAGCAGUUUGAAAUCAGUAUCAGCUCACCAUGUUGGUAGAACUUUGUGAUCUUGAUUAUUAAUGCACUACAUGUAGACUACGGUUCUAAAAUCCUCUCAGUCAGCCCUAUACAGAAGGCUUAGAUGUGUGGCUGUCGUCUGAGCUGAUUCGUUUGUACUACUGUGGUCUCUAAAAGCUCCCAACGUUUCUGCGUGUGUCGUUCAACCACUAAAACAGGUGUAAAUGUUGGGGUUCUCUGGGGUUUGGUUCCCCCCUGAUGAUUUCUUCUAUGUUUGUUUUAAAUAUGACAACCCCUCUGAAGAUUAUUCACACUACGUUUGGGAAAGCUCACUAAUAUGUCCUCAGAGAGUUUUUGUUUUCUUUGCUUGAUCUUAAUUAACUUUUUCUGUCAGUUUUAACUUCCUCAAACCAAGGUUGGGAUUCCGAGCAGGAAGAACAAAUAAAAAGAGAGAAGCCUUCAACGGUAGCGGUACAAAUAUUUGGUAUGUACAGAAGUGGUAGAGAUCAUUUAAAUUGGUUGGUUUCCUGGCUUGGACCCAACAUUUAAAGCAUAGUCCAUGAGUUUUAAUAAGAUAAAGGUGGAUACCUUUCAAGAAGCUUAAUGAUAGCCAGCUUUAUCUAUUUGAAAACCAGUUUUGAUUUGUGUUUCUCCUGUUGGAACACUAUUGUGUCCAAGUCUCAAUCAUCCGACUCAAAACUGCUCCCCUCAGAGGAAAGGAAAUAGAUUUGGAUGUUCAGGAAGGGUUGAGGAACCGGUAAAACUCAAGGUUAUCUAAAGCUAGAACCUGCUGGCAUCACUUUUCACAGGGAAGCCAGUUUAACAUCAACAUACACUGAGAAGAUGCCGACCAAGAUAAAAACCCCUACUCCAAAAUUAACGCCAUCAGGCUCUACUGACAUUUGCUGCUUCCCACAUGGAAGUCAAACGCCUUCUGGAGAAACGUACGGUCAGACGAGACAAAGAAUAGUCACGAUGACAAGAAUAAAGUUUGGAGGAAUCAAGAUGAGGCGUUCAACCCUUAAAACUCUGUACCCACUGUAAAGCAAGGAGUUGUCUGUGUCAUGCUGAGGGUCUGUACUCAUUAAGGUUAUAUGUUGUGUUUUCACUCCACCCUUAAAAAGAAAACCAUUGAAAUGCAUUAUUAAAAGGCCAAAAGGAGUGACGCUCAUGAUGGGUUUAUGUAAACAUCUGAGUGAAGUUUAAAGGAGCAGGACUGAGCCAAGUAUCUUCUCUGGGACACAUUCUAGCACUGUCCACCUGUUUGAAUCUUUUUAACUACUGAUUUAUUUAUUAAACAGGACAAAUUGUUUAUAUCUAUGAUUAGUUUGUGUAUUUAUUAUUUAUUGUGUAGCUUUUCAACCAUUACUACCAGGUGGUGAACACUUCAUUUUUAUAAAUAAGAAGCACUCCGAUUUUUCUCAUGGUACCUUUUGAAAUGGAGGAUGGAGAUACACAUUUAUUCCAGGCGCUUGUCUCCUACCCAUACUGUAGCACAUCCUUUUACUUUAUACUUCAGCACCAGAUCUUCCCUGUCUGUUUUUAUUUCCUGAAUAUGUGUGUGUGUGUCUGUGGGGCCAGAUUUUUAGGGCUACUAUUUGUUCCUGGGUUUACUGUUUCCAUCUGGUUGGAGUGUCUUAAAAGAAAAAAGUAAUGUGUUCUCAUCAUCAUCUUGGGUGAAAAGACGCUGGCUGGACUGUUUUGAACUUAAGUGCCUAUUCAGAAACUGUUUUUUGUACAUAUUUUGUUUUGCUUAGGUGCAGUAAGAUGAUCCUUUUAAUUAAAUAUCACAUUACACCUGAUUGAUGCCAUGUACUCCGGUGUCCAAUUCCGUCUCUGCUUUUACUGUUAAAUCUCUGUUGGUGAAUCCAAACAAUUGCAUACGAACAUUUGAAGACAAAACCGUAAACUCAUAUCUCGUCAGUUAUGAGUAUUUUUUUGAGCUGCUUUCAUAUGGAGAGAAGAAAAAAAUGACGUGACAUAAAAUAGGCACUAAACUUUCAUGGCAGUGGAUGAAAAGGAACUAAAGGGAAGUUCUGUCUUUUUUUUUUUUUAACAUAACGCUCUGCACUUUCUUUUAAAAAGUUGGUUUGUUCUGUUCUGAAAUGAUUUGAAAACUCCAUAAGAACUUUUUUUUAAAAUUAUUUUUAUUGAAGUGAAAGUUGACUCCUUGAUGAUGUCAUAAAACAAAUCUGUUACCUGUUAGGUUGAGCAUGUGUUUCUGGUUUCAUCAAGCAGUAUUCUCAAUGUGCUUUGAGUUUCUGCGUUUCUACAUCUAUCUUCUCUCUUACAUUUAUCUACUUGGGACUUUUUGGGGGGAAAACAAGAAGAGCUAAAACUGAAUUUGUGAAAAAUGUUUGAUCUUUCUGCUGUUUGUGGAAAAUGUAUUUUAUUUUACUUUUUUUUUUUUUUUUUAGAGACAGCCUGUAAUCCUAAGGUAAUUGUUUCAUCAGUUUAACACCCAGCAGGUGUGAAAGAAAAUAAAAUCACAUUUGUUGGCACA